GUCAGCGGCGAUAACAUGGCCUCAGUCAUUAACGUAUUGGAGUCGGAGACGAGCAGCAGUGCAAUGGGCGGUGGCCACCCCAGUCGUGCGGCGAGGAGCGAUAGCGGGAGGCGGCGAAGGACUGGAGGGAACCAGUGCGCCGCGGCGCCCGAUCGAGAGUAUCUGCAACGACCAAGCUACUGUGAUGCGGCUUUCGCCUUGGAGCAGAUCUCAAAGGGGAAAGCUACUGGAAGAAAAGCACCACUGUGGCUGAGAGCAAAGUUUCAGAGACUGUUAUUUAAACUGGGCUGUUACAUUCAGAAAAACUGUGGAAAGUUUUUGGUUGUUGGCCUUCUCAUAUUUGGGGCUUUCGCUGUAGGAUUAAGGGCAGCAAUUCUUGAAACCAACGUGGAGGAGCUGUGGGUGGAAGGUGAAACAGCGGGCAUUAUCUUUGGAGGUUACCACUGGAAAUGCUCCAGAAACCCCUUCAGCGAUGCCUUUAGCAACCGCUUGAGAAACUGUGUUUUCAGUGGACAAAUUGCAUGUACAGCUUUCCACCAUUUGUUCAAUGUUGGUGGACGAGUGAGUCGGGAAUUAAAUUAUACACGGCAGAAGAUUGGAGAAGAAGCCAUGUUUAACCCUCAGCUCAUGAUUCAGACUCCAUAUGAAGAUGGUGCCAAUGUACUAACAAUAGAAGCACUCAGACAGCACCUUGACUCUGCACUUCAGGCCAGCAGAGUAGAUGUUUAUAUGUACAACAGAAAAUGGAAAUUGGAGCACUUAUGUUAUAAAUCAGGAGAACUCAUCACAGAAGCAGGGUACAUGGACCAGAUCAUAGAAUAUCUUUAUCCUUGUUUAAUCAUCACUCCUUUGGACUGCUUCUGGGAGGGAGGAAAGCUACAGUCAGGAACUGCCUAUCUACUAGGGAAACCUCCUUUGCAGUGGAUCAACUUUGACCCCUUAGAAUUCUUAGAAGAGUUAAAAAAAAUAAAUUACCAAGUGGAAAGCUGGGAGGAAAUGCUGAAAAAAGCAGCGGUUGGUCAUGGUUAUAUGGAUCGACCAUGUCUGAAUCCUGCUGAUCCUGAUUGCCCAAUCACAGCUCCCAACAAAAAUUCCACCAAACCUCUUGAUGUACCUCUUGUUUUGAGUGGUGGAUGCUAUGGAUUGUCAAGAAAAUACAUGCAUUGGCAGGAGGAAUUGAUUAUAGGUGGUACAGUCAAGAAUAGUUCUGGUAAGCUUGUCAGUGCCCAGGCUUUGCAAACCAUGUUUCAGUUAAUGACUCCUAAGCAAAUGUAUGAGCACUUCAAGGGGCAUGAAUAUGUUUCACAUAUCAACUGGAGUGAGGAUAAGGCAGCAGCAAUUCUGGAAGCCUGGCAGCGGAUGUAUGUGGAGGUUGUUCAUCAAAGUGUUGCACAAAACUCUACUCAAAAGGUGCUUUCCUUUACUACAACUACCCUGGAUGAUAUUCUAAAGUCAUUUUCAGAUGUCAGUGUUAUCAGAGUAGCUAGUGGCUACUUACUAAUGCUUGCCUAUGCCUGUUUAACAAUGCUGCGGUGGGACUGUGCAAAGUCUCAGGGUGCUGUGGGGCUGGCAGGAAUCUUCUUGGUUGCUCUCUCAGUGGCUGCAGGACUGGGUCUGUGCUCAUUGAUUGGAAUUUCCUUUAAUGCUGCCACAACUCAGGUUUUGCCUUUUCUUGCUCUUGGAGUUGGUGUAGAUGAUAUAUUCCUUCUGGUACAUGCAUUUAGUGAAACAGGGCAGAAUAAGAGAAUUCCAUUUGAGGACAGAACAGGUGAAUGUUUGAAGCGAACAGGAGCAAGUGUAGCCCUUACAUCUAUCAGCAAUGUUACUGCUUUCUUUAUGGCUGCCUUAAUUCCUAUUCCUGCUUUACGAGCAUUUUCACUCCAAGCAGCAGUUGUGGUGGUAUUCAACUUUGCUAUGGUUUUGCUGAUUUUUCCUGCUAUCCUGAGCAUGGACCUUUAUCGUCGGGAAGACAGGAGACUAGAUAUAUUCUGCUGUUUUACAAGUCCGUGUGCCACUAAAGUGAUUCAGAUUGAGCCUCAAGCAUAUGUGGAAAAUAGUGAUAAUACUUACUACAGUACAUCCCCAUACAGCCGUCACAAUUUUGUACAUGAAACUCAGAUUACCAUGCAGUCUACAGUGCAGUUACACACAGAAUAUGAUCCUCAUGCACAGGUGUACUACACCACAGCAGACCCUUGCUCAGAAAUAUCUGUGCAGCCAGUGACAGUGAUGCAAGAUAAUAUCAGCUGGCAGAGCCCAGAAAGCACAAACUCAACAAGAGAUUUGCUUUCCCAGUUCUCAGACUCCAGUAUGAAUUGCCUUGAGCCACCCUGUAUGAAAUGGACACUCUCAUCUUUUUCAGAAAAGCAUUAUGCUCCAUUCCUGCUAAACCCAAAAGCUAAGAUUGUGGUUAUUUUUCUUUUUCUGGGUUUACUUGGGCUCAGCCUAUAUGGAACUACCCAAGCUAGAGAUGGACUGAAUCUCACAGACAUUGUACCACGAGAAACCCAGGAAUAUGACUUUAUUACAGCACAGUUCAAGUAUUUCUCAUUUUACAACAUUUAUAUAGUGACACAGAAAGCAGACUAUCCUAGUCCCUAUGUCCAGCACUUACUUUAUGAACUUCACAAAAGUUUCAGUAAUGUGACAUACAUUUUGUUGGAAGAGGAUAAGCAGCUUCCCAAAAUGUGGUUGCACUACUUUCGAGACUGGCUGCAAGGACUUCAGCAUGCAUUUGACAGUGACUGGAAAGCUGGGAAAAUCACUUACAACAAUUAUACAAAUGGAUCUGAUGAUGCUGUUCUGGCUUACAAACUCCUGGUGCAAACAGGCAACCGAGCAAAGCCCAUUGACAUCAGCCAGUUGACUAAACAACGUUUGGUGGAUUCAGAUGGAAUCAUUAACCCAAAUGCUUUUUACAUCUACCUGACAGCCUGGGUUAGUAAUGACCCUGUAGCCUAUGCUGCCUCACAAGCCAACAUCCAGCCUCCCCACCCAGAAUGGGUCCAUGACAAAGGAGACUAUAUGCCAGAAACAAGGUUGAGAAUUCCAGCAGCUGAGCCCAUAGAAUAUGCUCAGUUUCCUUUCUACCUCAAUGGAUUGCGUGAAACUUCUGACUUUCUGGAAGCUAUCAAGAACGUGAGAGCUAUCUGUAAUAACUAUGCUGGUAUGGGGAUUGCCAGCUACCCAAAUGGUUAUCCAUUUCUAUUUUGGGAGCAGUAUAUUGGACUUCGUCACUGGCUCCUUUUAUCUGUUAGUGUGGUUUUGGCUAGCACGUUUCUGGUGUGUGCCCUCUUCCUCCUGAACCCUUGGACGUCUGGCAUCAUUGUGGUGGUGCUGGCUCUGAUGACUGUGGAGCUGUUUGGCAUGAUGGGUCUAAUUGGAAUAAAGCUGAGUGCGGUGCCUGUGGUUAUCCUGGUUGCUUCUGUUGGCAUUGGUGUGGAAUUCACUGUUCAUAUCGCGUUGGCUCCCUUCAGGUACUGGAAGGUCACAAUAAGGUCACCUGAACAAUCCCAGUGCUCUCAGCCUUUCCUCACAGAAGAGUCUCUCCAUCCCUCUAAUCAUCUUCGUGGCCCUCCUGUGCUGGGGACCCCAGAGCUGGAUGCAGUACUCCAGGCAUUUUUAACUGCUGUAGGAGACAAGAACCGUAGGGCUGUCCUUGCAUUGGAACAUAUGUUUGCACCAGUGUUGGAUGGAGCUGUGUCUACUCUCUUUGGAGUGUUAAUGCUUGCAGGAUCAGAGUUUGAUUUUAUUGCCAGGUAUUUUUUUGCUGUUUUGACAAUCUUAACCAUUUUGGGAGUUCUGAAUGGAUUGGUGCUGCUUCCUGUUCUGCUUUCACUCUUUGGACCAUACCCUGAGGUUUCUCCAGCCAGUAGACAAAACAAACUAUCUACUCCAUCUUCUGAGCCACCUCCCAGCAUUAUGAGGUUUGCACUGCCACUUGGGCACACAAAUAAUGGGUCGGAUUCCUCUGAUUCUGAGCACAGCUCUCAAAAUACAGGCAUCAGUAAAGAGCUCCAUGAGUAUGAGGCUAUUCACAGCUCUCUGGCACCAGUCCAUCAAGUAAUAAUAGAAGCCACUGAGAAUCCUGUCUUUGCAAGAUCCACUGAAGCAUCACGAUCGCAGGCUCUGAUCCUGCUGGGGGACUUCAACCACCCUGACAUCCACUGGAAAAGCAUCACAGCAAGAUGCAAGAAGUCUAGGAGCAUCUUGGAGUGCAUUGAGGAUAACUUCCUAAUCCAGGUGAUGGCAUGGUAGGCCAGAUGGCAUGGCAUGGCAGGAUGGGUCGACAAGGGAGGAGCAGUGGAUGUUGUCUACCUCAACUUCAGCAAGGCUUUUGACACUGUCUCACAUUACAUCCUCGUAGGUAAGCUCAGGGAAUGUGGGUUAGAUGAAUGGACGGUGAGGUUAAUCAUGAACUGGCUGAAUGGCAGAACUCAGAGGGUCAUGAUCAGAGGAGUAGAAUCCAGUUGGAGGCCUGUAGUCAGUGGCAUUCCCCAGGAAUCAAUACUAAAUUCUUCAUGGAAAGGGUUGUAAAGCAUUGGAACAGACUGCCCAGGGAAGUAGUAGAGUCACCAUCCCUGGAAGUGUUAAAGUAACAUGUGAAUAUGGCUCCUCAACAUGAGGGAGAACUUCUUUACAUUGAGAGUAGCAGAGCAGUGGAACCAGCGGCCCAGGGAGGUCGUGGAGUCCCCCUCUCCAGAGACAUUCAAAACCCACCUGGACAUGUUCCUGUGUCACCUGCUCUGGGUGACCCUGCCUUGGCAGGGGGGUUGGACUGGAUGACCUCCAGAGGUCUUUUCCAACCCUAACUGUUCUGUGAUUCUGUGAUAGAAAGCCCAACCAGAGGAGAUGCAUUACUGGGCCUUUUGCACACCAAUGCAGAGGAACUAAUUGGAGAGGUCAAGAUCAGUAGGUAGCCUGGGCUGCAGUGAACAUGCCCUGGGGGAAUUAAUGAUAUUGAGGGAUGUAGCCCAGGCGAAUAGUAUAGUCAAGAUCCUAAACCUUAGGAAAGCCAACUUUCAGUUGUUUCCCUGUGCUCUGAUCACUGAUCACUAUCUUCUAAAACAUCACAUGGCAAUGACAGUGAAAGUGUAAAAGUGACAGUUACUUCAGAAAUUGUCCUUUAUUGAAUAAAAUUCAUCAAAAGAAUAUGAAGUCCAUAGCAAGGAGUAAAUCCCUCUGGGAGAUGGGCUGAGUGAGAGAGAUGGGGAAAGCUCCACCUUGCCUAGUGUGUUGUUGCAUUGUGGGGUGUCCCCUGUGCUUUUGGGAUGUGGUGCUGUAUUUGGAGAUCUGCCCAGCAAGCUGCCAGGUUGGAGGAGUCCCUGGGCCAAGCACUCUGUUUUGCCAGGGGCAGUUGCAGUGGCUAUCGCAGAUUCAUAGAGAUCAAAGCUGACUUAACAAGGCAUUAAAUAUGUUCCUGUGAAAAACUAUUCUGCUGGUUCAUCCAAGAAUUUGUAUGUUUUGAAACUUAAAUCAUUAUCUGUCCUUAGGCUAGCAAUAGAAAUUGGAAGGAGAUGGAUUUGAUGAGUGGACUGUUCAGUGGAUAAGGAAUUGGUUGAACAAUCGGAUCCAGAGGGUAGUGGUCAAUGGCUCAGAGUCCCAGUGGACAUCAGUGACCAGUGGUGUCCCUCAGGGGUCCUGUGUUGGUUUUGCAUGGCCUGGUUUUUGGUAGCAGGGGGGCCACAGAGGUGGCUUCUGUGUCCAGCAGAGCCAAUCCCUGAUGGCUCUGAAGAUGGACAUGCCGCUGGCCAAGGCUGGGCCAAUUAGAGAGGUUGGUGUCCUGCGGUGACUGUGAUGUUAAAUUGUAUCCCCAUUCAUCUGCCUAGCCCAGAAAUAGGUUUUGUAUCUUUAAAACUUCAUCUGAGAGUAAAAGUGAGUAGAGAAGAAGCACCGAGUCUGUUAUCAGGGACUGUACUUGCUCCCCCCGCAUUCCAGGAUGGAGUUUAGACUACAGCACAGACAGACAACGAGGGAGAGAUCGCCUUUGCUUUCCAGCUAGCCGAAGCAGAGAGGUCUUCCUGGACUUUUUCCUUUCCCUUUUCUUGGAAUGAUUCGAACCUGCUCUGGACUGGGGACUCGGGGGAGCACCGGGAGCUUGCACCCGUGGACUACCGGGAGCCCAGCCUGGGCAGCGGCAUUUUCCAACGCCAGAGGGAUUGAUAACAAAACGAACACCCACAGGAGGGAGACCCUCUGAAUUUGUCAUCUCUUCAGAGCGGCAAGAGGUUUUGUAAUUUGGUAUUGUUCAUUUUUGUGCUGGGUAGUGCUUUCUAGUGCAAUCUAUCACAGCCUGUUAAAUAAACAGGU